CCUUGUGCAUGCUAGCCAGCGCCUUAUCUUGAACCUCGGAAACCUAUCAAAUAGCCACCAUAAAUUUUCUUCUUAAUUAAUACUCUCUCAUUCAUCAGAUUCAUUCUCAACUAAACUUUUAGAGACUAAAUAACAAUGUUGUCUCAUGAAGCUAAUAGCCUAAAGGUUAUUUUCAUCCCCUUCAUAGCUACAAGUCACAUCAUCCCCAUGGUUGACAUGGCAAGAUUAUUUGCCAUACAUGGUGGUGUGGACAUCACCAUAAUCACCACUGGAGGUAAUAAUGGGAUUUUUCAAAACUCCAUCGACCGUGAUUUUAGUAAUCAUGGUCGCUCCAUAAAAACACAUAUCCUAGAGUUUCCGGCUGAAAAAGUCGGUCUUCCCAUUGGAAUAGAAACUUUUAACGCUGAUACUCCUCCUUACAUGGCCUCAAAAGUCUUAGAGGGGUUUGAGAUGCUACAACCACAAAUAGAGAAUUACUUGUUUGGAGAGACAUUAGAAGUUGAUUGCAUAGUUAGUGACUCGUUUUAUCCUUGGACUGUGGAAGUUGCAUCCAAGUUAGGCAUUCCAAGAAUUGUUUUCUGUCCUACCAGUAUUUUCUCUCGUUGUGUAGAGCUCUCAUUUGAACAAGAUCAGACUCACACCAAAGUGGAUUCUGAUUAUGAUAAAUUUACUAUAUUUGGGCUACCACAUAAAUUGGAGAUCACUAGAUUGCAGUUACCAGAUUGGAUUAAAGAGACAAAUAGGUUUGGAGAGAGAAUGAAGGUGAUAAAUGAUACAACUAGCAGAAGCUAUGGUGCAGUAUUCAAUAGCUUUUACAAUUUGGAGGGUGCUUAUGAGGAGCAUUACAAGAAUGUAUUUGGAACAAAGUGUUGGAGCUUAGGACCAGUUUCAUUAUGGGCAAACCAAGAUGUUUCUUAUAAGGCAGAAAGAGGACACAAAAAAGUGGUUCAAGAAGAUGGUUUGUUUAAAUGGCUUAACUCCAAGAAAGAGAAUUCUGUUAUCUAUGUAAGUUUUGGUAGCAUGAACAAGUUUCCAUUACCUCAACUCAUUGAAAUAGCUCAUGCACUUGAAGCUUCAAGCCAUGAUUUCAUUUGGGUGGUUCGUACUAAGAAUACUAAUGAUAAAGAAUUAGAACAAGGUUUCAUGGAAGAGUUUGAGAAAAGAGUGAAAGAAAGCAACAAAGGUUAUUUGAUAUGGGGUUGGGCCCCACAAUUGUUGAUACUUGAAAACAAAGCUAUUGGAGCAAUUGUGACUCAUCUUGGUUGGAACACAACAAUUGAAAGCAUUAAUGUUGGAUUGCCUAUGGUCACUUGGCCUUUGUUUUCUGAGCAAUUUUUUCAUGAGAAAUUGGUGGUUGAUGUUUUGAGAAUUGGGGUGUCAGUUGGGGUCAGAGAAUGGAGAAAUUGGAAUCAAUUUAGGAGUGAGGAUCUUGUGAAAAGGGAGGAUAUUGGAAAGGCUAUUGGUUUGGUGAUGGAAAAUGGAAAAGAAGCUGAGGAAAUGAGACUAAGAGCUAAAUCUUUGAGUGAUGAUGCAAAGAAAGCUAUACUAGUUGGUGGGUCUUCUUAUGCCAAUUUGAUGCAGUUGAUUGAGGAGCUUAAGGCACUCAAACUUCAAAGGCUCAAUGGUAAUUAGGCCAAAAUAAAUGUUCUUUGUUGCUUUUAAAAUAAGUGAUUUGAAUGCAAAUCUCAAGAAUUUGGUAUUAUGUGGAAAGUAUCUUUGUUAGGAUAUAUUUUUAUUUUCAAUCAAGAAGUUGACUUGUUGCAAAAUUAGAUGAAUUCAAGUUUAUUCAAUUUGAUAUUUGAUGUCCGAAAAAGAUGUACUCUCUAUGUUCAUUUUUAUAUCAGAUAUUAAUUUUAACUUUUAA